AUGGAUGACGAUUACACGUCGGUCGAAGAUUAUCUUAGCAACGAAGUGUUCACAACGCAUACGAACGAUUACGAAGAUCUCCUGAGCAACACAUCAUUUUCGGAGGUAACUGUUCGAGAUCCCGUCGAGCUGAUAGUACUGUACGCCUUUAAUACGGUGAUCGUGGCGGCGGGAAUUGUUCUUAAUCUCGUACUCAUAAAAGGCAUUGUCGGCGCCAAAGCUAGUGGGGCGCUCUGUUUUGUACUACAGAUAGCGCUUGUCGAUGUGUUGACUCUACUCGCAAGCAACUGGGAAAUGUACUACACACUUCGGCAGACGUGGAUUUUUACGAGCGAGCACUGCACAUUAUACAGUGGACUUGAGUCGUUCACCAGCAUCGCGAUCGUUUACUUCAUCGUUGGACUGAAUUUCCACUCCAUCUCCUCAUACAAUCUGGCAGUAAACGUGGCCAAAAAUGCACUGACCACACCGGACGCCGAAAGUGCAACCGAAUCGCUGACAGAGGAAAACAGUUACGAAGUAGCAACCGACACAAUCUCCCAGAAACGAUCCUUAACGAUCGACUACCGGUACAAGAAACGGCGCAUCUGCGUACGGUUUCCGAUUCUGCUCGUGUGGUUCAUAGCAGCAUCCGAAUCAUUACCACUGUUCCUGUUUGCCGAUAUCCUAGCGAUCACACCAAUGAGUGCCGGACAGCAGCCCAAACAGUAUUGCACGGAACUGACCAACGGAAUGGUUAAUCACCACAUCGUCAGCUUCUUGGUCAUCGUCAUUCGCAUCAUCUUACCGACCGUUGCACUGGUGAUAACACUCAUCCAGGCGGUGGUCAAGUUUUACAGAGGCAAACAUUUCACCCAACCAGACGAGAUUGAGGAAAAUGUGGCAUUUGCGCUGAAAGUAUCGAUCUUUCUCUCACUGUCCUAUAUCAUAUUUUCUCUACAGCGGUUAUUCGGAUCUGUUUUACAGGAAAUUCUGUUACAGCCUGGUGUAGUACCAAAGUAUCCGGGUUUUGGUCCAAGCCUUAGCCUAGCACUAAUCGUACUUCACUAUUCAGCUUCAUUUAUUCGACCGUUGGUAGUAAUAGUAAUGUGCAAGCAAAAGAACAAUAAUGUCGACAUCAUUUUUACAUGCCAAAUCAGAUCAAACCAGGAUGGAACGGACUAA